AGACUGGCCCGGGACCAGGAACGUGAAGGUCCCGGAAUCCCGGAUGCUUUACCAGGGCCGGCAGCCCUCGCCGGCUUUCCGCAAGUGGUAAGGGCAGGGGAAGCAGUGCCGCAGAGGUUUCUCGACGUCUGAAACUCUGGAAAUAGUCUCAUGCCUCUUGAUGCUUCUCUUUUUCUCACACUGACCCGUCGUUCCCGGAUUUCCAUUUUUGUUUACUCACAUAUCCCUCUUUUCCUCCUUCCUCCGUUCCUAUUUUCUAGGCUCCUCAUCCGUUGGGAUCUCUUUAUUGCUCCCAGAUAUGAGGGACGUUCAGCUGCUUCCUCCACCCGAGGAAGAGCUGCCACAUCUCUGGCAGAAGCCUGCCUUCGAUGUUCUCUUUGCAUGUCUUCAGAAGCUCCGCGUCGAGCCUCGAAUCUGGAACCUACAGAUAUCCCGCGCCGAUAUCCUCAAGGCGCAGGCCGCUGUUAUUCACGACCGUCGGGAGAUCGUCUCCUUCCUGUCCACCAUCGUCAAGAGCAGCUUGCCGUGGCUUAGCAGCGAUGACGAGCGGGAGGUGAUUUGGGACGAGGCAAGCAAGCGCAUGUCGGAGCGGUGCGGUCGGACAGCUAUGGGAGAAAUCACUCGGCGCUGGCCCUUUGAGAAAGACGACUGUGGCGCCUUCAGCCUGACAAUAAGGGAGCCGCCCCUGACCGGUGACUCGCUGGGUCUCAAGACAUGGGGCUCGUCGUAUGCGCUCGCCCAACUCCUGCACGAAUUCGCCGCGGGGCCGCUGGCGCACCUGUUUCUUCCGGGCGCGAUUUCCCCGCCUGGUGAGGUUUUAGAAUUAGGAUCCGGCACGGGCCUUCUGGGACUGGCAGCCGCCUGCAUCUGGAAAACAAGCGUUGUCCUGACGGAUCUACCCACCAUCAUCCCCAAUUUGGCACACAACGCUUCCCUCAACCGGGAAGUCGUAGAAGGCCGAGGCGGCAGAGUAGACGUUGCUCCGUUAACCUGGGGUGGUGCCGAGGACGAUGUCGACCCGAUAUUCCGAGCACUGCACGGCUAUCAGCUCAUCAUCGUGGCAGACCCUCUCUACGACGACGACCAUCCUACGCUCCUGGCAACCGCGAUCGAUGAGCAACUGGCCCUGGACCCAGAUGCGCGGGUUCUUGUCAUGGUGCCGCAGAGAGAUGAGAUCACCAAGGGUCUUCUUGCGAGCCUGAAAGAUGAGAUGAUGAGCAGGCCUAACCCGCUGAUUUGCUCAGAGGAACGGAUCGUGGAUGGCCAAGACGACUGGGGCGAGCAUGACGAUGACGAGACGCAAGACGUGAGCUUCUGGUGGGGUAUCUUUGGGCGCGCGUGCAGAUAAGCCAAUGGCAUGGUCUAUGGAUGAGGAUGAAAUUGUCGUACAUGGCUGCAGACAUGACAUGUGCCCACUGUGCGCGCGUCACCGGCACGGCUGGGGCGGCGGCAUCUCCUUCGCCGACGUCAACGAUGUCAUGGCAAGUUAUGUGGAGAUGAGGACGGUCGCGGACGAGGUCUCGGUGCAGGAGCAUGACGCUACGGAUUGGCUCGUGAGCGGUCCUUUCUUUGGGCUGACCUGACUAAAUACGGGAUAGGGAA